AUGACAGCGAUCAGGAGACGCUGGAGCAGCCUGGCAUGGCUCUGUACUUUGGCCUUCAGCACAAGUUUCAGCUGCCUCGGCCCAGCGAGGCUCGUGACCUCGCCAGAGGAGGCAAAGAGGGUGCUAAGCGAUCCUUCAUGGAUCAGGCAUCCGCUCAACGCCUUUCUGAGGGAAGUUUUCGGGGUUGAGAAUGUCUUCACCACCAACGACACCGAGAUCUUUAAUGCCUCCAGGGAAGUUGUCAAACGCGGCAUGGAGAAGGGGGGACUUUGCUCUGCAGCGAGCAUCGCAGUGAAAUCGAUCACUCGAGGCCAACGACAACCAUUGUCGAGAUUGACUGAGCGGGUUGUUUUCGAAGUUGCCACCCGCGCUUUCCUGGGGGCGAAACAUUUUGAUGGCAUCGGCAUCGACGACAUGUUUUUUGAUCUCUUCAAUUAUUUGUGGCGCCAUCGUCGAACUACACCGCCAGCUGAUACCGACAAGACCUCGGCGUUGCAGGGGAAAGUGCAAGCCUUCUAUAGGGCCAACAAAGCUCAUUUAGACAGCCACGGAGUAUGGGGCACGAACCUGCCGCCAGCAUUGCGCACUCCAAACUCUUCAAACCUCCUCAGCAUCAUCAUCCCAAUCCACUUGAACACGUGGGUUGCCGUUCAGAGAAUUCUUGUCCGACUCUUGCGGGACGAAGCUGACCGUCAACGUGUCCAAGAUGAGAUAGCAAACGUGAACUUGUCCUGCGACGCGUCACUAGACAAAUUCUGUGAGUUGGACCGGGUCAUUUGUGAUGAACUGCGCCGGAAUCCACCUGUCAAAAGCCUGGAAAGAGAGAACCAGGAGACAGGUGAGCGGGUCAAAUUGAGCGUCAAGGACUUGAACAACAAGGGCGCGGAGUCUUGGGAGUUCGGAAGUGGCAGAGGAGCAUGCCCUGCCCGGAACUACGCAUGUUCCAUGAUCAAGACAACAGUCGCUUAUUUGCUCCCUCGAUUGUCGCGCUCGUGGGAGGAGUGCCAGCGGCCGGAGCCGCUGGCAGUCAAUGUGUGUGAUGCCUUGGUUCUAUUCGAUGGCGAUCUCUGA